UGCUGGGAUAAGUACGCCGGUGGGUCAGGGUUCGGCCUCAAUAUGGCGAUACCGGUGGGACAGUGACCAAGGCUUUGCCGUCGGGAGGAUUAACUGGCGAUUGUCGGCGUCUCCACUUAUCUGGGUGGAAUGCGAGGACGCCGGGGCGAGUGCUGAGGAGCGGCGGUGACGGGGAGGGGUCAGUGGCUGGUGCCCCGGGAACCGAGGAAGCAUCUGUUCCUUCUAUUGGUCUCAAGGCUUUAGUGCCGGGCCCCGCCCGGCCGGGCCAGGCUGGCGGGCGGCGGCAGUAGCUGCUGCAGCCGCUGGAUCAGCCUCUGAGUGGGCCGAAAGGCGGACGCCGCCGCCUCUGCCGUGGUGAUGGCCCAGUGUGUACAGUCGGUGCAGGAGCUCAUCCCGGACUCCUUCGUACCCUGUGUCGCCGCGCUAUGCAGCGACGAAGCCGAGCGGCUCACUCGUCUCAAUCACCUUAGCUUCGCGGAGUUGCUUAAGCCCUUCUCUCGCCUCACUUCCGAGGUUCAUAUGAGAGAUCCCAAUAAUCAGCUUCAUGUAAUUAAAAAUUUGAAGAUAGCAGUAAGCAACAUUAUUACCCAACCACCUCAACCUGGAGCCAUUCGGAAGCUUUUGAAUGAUGUUGUUUCUAGCAGUCAGCCUGCAGAAGGAUUAGUAGCUAAUGUGAUUACAGCAGGAGAUUAUGACCUCAACAUCAGUGCUACCACUCCAUGGUUUGAAUCUUACAGAGAGACCUUUCUUCAGUCGAUGCCAGCAUCAGAUCAUGAAUUUCUGAACCACUAUUUAGCAUGCAUGUUGGUGGCAUCGUCUAGUGAAGCUGAACCUGUGGAACAGUUUUCAAAGUUGUCACAAGAACAGCAUCGAAUUCAACACAGCAAUGACUAUUCCUACCCCAAGUGGUUUAUACCAAAUACACUUAAAUAUUAUGUACUUUUACAUGAUGUAAGUGCAGGAGAUGAACAGAGAGCUGAAUCAAUUUAUGAAGAAAUGAAACAGAAAUAUGGAACUCAGGGUUGCUAUUUACUUAAAAUUAAUUCUCGAACAUCUAAUCGAGCCUCAGAUGAGCAGAUACCAGAUCCUUGGAGUCAGUAUCUCCAGAAAAAUAGUAUUCAAAACCAGGAAUCAUAUGAAGAUGGCCCUUGUACUAUAACUUCAAAUAAGAAUUCUGAUAGUAACUUGCUUUCAUUGGAUGGAUUAGAUAACGAAGUCAAAGUAGAUGGCUUACCAAAUAACUUUAGAGCUCACCCACUCCAAUUGGACCCAUCCAGUGACUCUUCUAACAGCAUUGAUGGCCCAGAUCAUGUAAAAUCUGCUUCUUUACAUGAAACAAAGAAAGCAAAUACUGGCAUUAUUCAUGGUGCAUGUUUAACCCUUACUGAUCAUGAUAGAAUUCGACAGUUUAUACAAGAGUUCACGUUUCGGGGCCUUUUGCCACAUAUAGAGAAAACAAUUCGGCAAUUAAAUGAUCAGCUAAUAUCAAGAAAAGGUUUGAGUCGAUCUCUAUUUUCUGCAACUAAAAAAUGGUUUAGUGGCAGUAAAGUUCCAGAAAAGAGCAUUAAUGAGCUAAAAAAUACAUCUGGAUUACUAUAUCCACCAGAAGCACCAGAACUUCAAAUCAGAAAAAUGGCUGACUUAUGUUUUUUGGUGCAGCAUUAUGAUUUGGCUUACAGUUGCUAUCAUACUGCAAAGAAGGAUUUUCUUAAUGAUCAAGCAAUGCUUUAUGCAGCUGGUGCCUUGGAAAUGGCAGCAGUGUCAGCUUUUCUUCAGCCAGGAGCUCCUAGGCCAUACCCUGCACAUUAUAUGGAUACAGCAAUCCAGACAUACAGGGAUAUCUGCAAGAAUAUGAUGUUGGCUGAAAGAUGUGUAUUACUUAGUGCUGAAAUCUUAAAAAGCCAAAGCAAAUAUUCAGAGGCUGCAGCUCUCCUAAUACGGUUAACUAGUGAGGACUCUGAUCUUCGAAGUGCACUUCUUUUGGAACAGGCAGCACAUUGCUUUAUAAACAUGAAGAGUCCCAUGGUCAGAAAAUAUGCUUUUCACAUGAUAUUGGCAGGCCAUCGGUUUAGUAAGGCAGGACAGAAAAAACAUGCUUUACGCUGCUAUUGUCAGGCCAUGCAAGUUUACAAAGGAAAAGGCUGGUCUCUUGCAGAGGAUCACAUUAACUUCACCAUUGGGCGUCAGUCCUAUACUCUUAGGCAACUGGACAAUGCUGUGGCUGCUUUUAGGCAUAUUUUAAUCAAUGAAAGUAAACAAUCUGCUGCUCAACAAGGGGCCUUCCUCAGAGAAUAUCUUUAUGUUUACAAGAAUGUAAGUCAGUUAUCACCAGAUGGUCCUUUACCACAGCUUCCUUUACCAUAUAUUAACAGUUCAGCCACACGGGUUUUCUUUGGCCAUGACAGACGACCAGCAGAUGGUGAAAAGCAAGCAGCUACUCAUGUAAGUCUUGAUCAAGAAUAUGACUCUGAAUCCUCACAACAGUGGCGAGAACUUGAGGAACAAGUUGUGGCUGUGGUUAACAGAGGAGUAAUUCCAUCCAAUUUCCACCCCACACAAUACUGUUUGAAUAGUUAUUCAGAUAACUCAAGAUUUCCGCUUGCAGUUGUAGAAGAACCAGUAACAGUGGAAGUGGCUUUUAGAAACCCUUUGAAGGUUCCACUUUUGUUGACUGAUUUGUCAUUGCUCUGGAAGUUUCAGCCCAGAGGUGUCAGUGGAGAGGAUAAUGAAGAAGUUAAAGAACUAGUAAAAGGUGAAUCUGAAAUGAUUGGAACUGAAGUUAUUGCAGAAUUCUUAAUUAAUAGUGAAGAAUCUAAAGUGGCGAGACUAAAGCUCUUUCCCCAUCACAUAGGGGAGCUGCAUAUUCUGGGAGUUGUUUAUAAUCUUGGCACAAUUCAGGGCUCCGUGACAGUGGAUGGCAUUGGUGCUCUUCCUGGAUGUCACACAGGAAAACAUUCCUUGAGUAUGUCAGUCCGAGGGAGACAGGAUUUAGAAAUUCAAGGUCCUCGACUUAACAACACAAAAGAAGAGAAAACAUCUAUUAAAUAUGGUCCUGAUCGACGUUUAGAUCCCAUAAUCACUGAGGAAAUGCCACUAUUGGAGGUGUUCUUUAUACAUUUUCCUACAGGGCUCCUCUGUGGGGAAAUCCGAAAAGCAUAUGUAGAAUUUGUCAACGUCAGCAAAUGUCCUCUUACUGGAUUGAGGGUUGUUUCUAAACGUCCAGAGUUCUUUACUUUCGGUGGUAACACAGCUGCUCUAACACCGCUAAGUCCCUCAGCCUCUGAGAACUGUAGUGCUUACAAGACUGUUGUGACAGAUCCUACCUCUGUGUGUACAGCACUCACAUCAUCAGCUUCUUCUGUAGACUUUGGCAUUGGCACAGGAAGUCAGCCAGAGGUGAUUCCUGUUCCCCUUCCUGACACUGUUCUUCUGCCUGGAGCUUCAGUUCAGCUGCCGAUGUGGUUGCGUGGGCCAGAUGAAGAAGGUGUCCAUGAAAUUAACUUUUUGUUUUACUAUGAAAGUGUUAAAAAGCAGCCCAAAAUACGUCACAGAAUAUUGAGACACACAGCAGUCAUUUGUACCAGUCGAUCUCUGAAUGUACGAGCCACCGUCUGCAGAAGUAAUUCUCUUGAAGAUGAGGAGGGCAGAGGAGGCAAUAUGCUAGUCUUUGUGGAUGUGGAAAAUACCAAUACUAGUGAAGCAGGUGUUAAGGAAUUCCACAUAGUACAAGUAUCAAGUAGUAGCAAACACUGGAAGUUACAGAAGUCUGUAAAUCUCUCUGAAAACAAAGAUGCCAAACUUGCCAGUAGGGAGAAGGGAAAAUUUUGUUUCAAGGCAAUACGAUGUAAGGAGGAAGAAGUUGCCACACAGUCCCCAGAAAAGUACACCUUUGCAGAUAUCAUCUUUGGAAAUGAACAGAUAGUAAGUUCGGCAAGCCCAUGUGCAGACUUCUUUUAUCGAAGUUUAUCCUCUGAAUUGAAGAAACCACAAGCUCAGUCUUCUCUGCAUACAGAAAAACAGUCAAUAGAGGAUGCUGUGAGAUUAAUUCAGAAGUGCAAUGAAGUAGAUUUGAAUAUUGUUGUAUUGUGGAAGGCAUACGUAGUGGAGGACAAUAAGCAGCUUAUUUUGGAAGGUCAGCAUCAUGUUGUUCUUCACACUAUAGGAAAAGAAGCUUUUUCCUAUCCUCAGAAACAGGAGCCACCAGAAAUGGAACUAUUAAAAUUUUUCAGGCCAGAAAACACUACAGUUUCUUCAAGACCAUCAGUAGAGCAGCUUUCUAAUCUCAUUAAAAUGAGUCUUCACUAUCCAGAAUCCUUUAAUCAUCCCUUUCAUCAAAAAAGCCUUUGUUUAGUACCAGUGACCCUUUUACUUUCCAAUUGUUCAAAGGCUGACGUUGAUGUAAUAGUUGAUCUUCGGCAUAAAACAACAAGCCCAGAAGCAUUGGAAAUCCAUGGAUCAUUUACGUGGCUUGGACAAACACAAUAUAAACUUCAGCUUAAAAGCCAGGAGAUUCACAGUUUGCAGCUGAAAGCAUGUUUUGUCCAUACUGGUGUUUAUAACCUUGGAACUCCCAGGGUAUUUGCCAAGUUAUCGGACCAAGUCACAGUGUUUGAAACAAGUCAGCAGAACUCCAUGCCUGCCCUAAUCAUCAUCAAUAAUGUGUGACAACUUACAAAUUUGUACCGAGAUCCACAGGAAUCAGUUUUAUUUUACUGAAUGGGUUUUACAGCAGUAUUUGAAAUAUCUAACUUGUUUGAGAGGUUGGUAUUGGAUCACUGCAAAAUACCUUUGACUUGUCAAUGUGUUGAUGGUGCAAAGCACGUUGGACUGAUAAUACUUAAAUUCUUUUUUUGUAUUUCUUUAAACCCUGGUAAUAAUUUACAUGCUCAUAAACAGAAUUUCAACAUAUCCAUGCACCUUAUUAUGCCCCAUGUUAAAACCAAUGUCUAAAUCUGCUGUUACAACUGAAUGAUGGUAUAUGAACCUUAGGGGAUGAUUUUGAGGAAGAAAAGGCCUUGUUGGCAAUACUCCUGUUAAGCCAUUAGUCUAUAAAUUCCAGCUUUACUGUGAAGUUCUAUAGAGUGUUAAAUACAAAUUUUCCUGUCUUGCUUCACACAAUUCUCUAAAAUCAGUUUUGAACUUUGGUUAUAGAGUCUUCAUACUUCAGUAUCUGGUGGUUCCUAUGGCUUAUACAUAACUUUGUAAAAAGAAAAAAAUUUUUUUCUCCUUCGAAUAUAGUUUUGGGAGGAGUUUGACUCCCCCCUCCCCGCCCUCAUUCAUCUCAGCAUAGAGUGCACUAUUUCACAAUAUGGGAUUUUUGUCGUUUAAAUUAUCAUAUUCUUUAUUAUGUAACUUUAACAAUUGAGUUGAUCUGUUUAAAGUAUAAAUCUACUCAAGUUAAUUAAGCUUUUCAAAAAUGUAUUAUAUUUAUAACAAAUGUACUGUAAAUAGAAUAAAGACAUGCUAUUCACUGUA